UAUUAACGAGUCAACCUAAAAAAAACUGUCAAACAUUGGUAAACAAGAAUAGCAAUAAAGCUCAUCUGUGGAAUGGGAGAGCACGCUCAGGAUGAUUCCUCACUCGCUGCUCUGUCUUCCAUCAUAAGGAGUCAAUGAACUUUUUGUGAACACUAUGAACAGUGGACUGGUUUUACUUGUGUUCCAAAUUGGCCUGCUGUUCCUGUCCCUGAUCAGAUCUGGAGAAUCUCAACAUAUAGCAGAUGAAUCAUGCUCAGUGCAGAUCCUAGUCCCUGGCCUGAAAGGUGAGCCUGGGGAAAAGGGGGAGAAGGGAGAGCCUGGAAGGCUAGGAAAAGUUGGCCCAGUUGGACAACCAGGACCUACUGGGGAAAAAGGCCAAAAAGGUGCAAUGGGUCACCCUGGCAAAGUAGGCCCAGCUGGGUUAAAAGGAAACAAAGGAGACACUGGUGAUCUCGGACCAAAAGGGGAAAAUGGAGAUCCAGGCUUACCCUGUGAGUGCGGCCCACUGAGAAAGGUAAUUGGAGAAAUGGACAUUCUUGUGACACAAUUAACAAAUGAACUCAAUUUCAUUAAAAAUGCACUGCCCUCCCCUGCAGCUGUUGCUGGAGUACGAGAGGUAGAGAAUAAGAUUUACCUACUGGUGAAGGAGGAGAAGAGGUACACAGAUGCCCAUGAGUAUUGUCGUGAUCGAGGAGGACUACUUAUAAUGCCUAAAGAUGAAGCAACCAAUAGCCUCAUUGCUUCUUACAUCAGCGAAGCAGGUCUCAGCAGGGUAUUCAUUGGUGUUAAUGAUCUGGAGGAGGAAGGCCAGUUUGUCUUUACAGAUGGGUCACCCCUACAGACCUUCAACAAAUGGCGUACUGGAGAGCCGAACAAUGCCUACGAUGAAGAAGACUGUGCAGAGAUGGUAUCUUCUGGGGGCUGGAAUGAUGUCACCUGUCAUAUUACAAUGUAUUUUGUCUGUGAAUUUGAUAAAGAUGCUCCUUAAUCCAUGCCAGGUCCUGAUGUUGUAGCAUUAUAUUAUUCCACAUCCACGAUGGAGAAAUCAGUAUUAGUUUUAAAAGCUAUGAUACCUCAAUGGGGGAAUGAUUAAAACCACCAGAAUUUUUGUUUUAUAAGCCUCAUUUUCACUCGCAUUCUUAUACGUAUUUUACAAGUAGGAUAAUAUAUUGAGUUUUAGCAGAGCCAUUUUCUUGUGCUUUAUAAUUUCAAUGAGCAAGACUAGAGGUAAUUUGACAUUGGAUGACAGUUUAAUGGGAGAAGCUUGAUGAAGUCAAUGAGAAUGAAAAUUUCUCAGAUUUGUAUAAUGGAUUAUUAAUCUGAUAUUACGUAUUUUACACUGUCACAAACAAAAUUACCAGUCAAACUCAUCUCAUUCGUUACUUAAGUUUCUCCUUCCUCAUUUGCUGUUGGUUGGAACUUUCAAUUUCUGUUUCAAAGCUGUAAAUGACAAACUAUUUCUUGCUGUUUUCGGCUCAACAAUUCAUAACCUGCUCAAAAUGAACAUUAAAGUGAGCUCUAUUGUGAUUCCUUUUCUUGCCUUUCCGUGCAAGAAGUGAGUGGUUAGAAAUUGCUAUCCUCAUUUUCUAUGUAUUUUAAUGUGUUCCUAUCACAGAAUUUUAUGCAAUAGAAUUUCAGAGAUGUCAGGAAACACAAAAUGUGAAUUGCCUGUAUCUGACAUUGUGCUCAGCAUCAUAUUUGCUGGUCCAGAAGCAGCUCUGUGACAAUGACUGAGGACUUUGGUUCCCUAUCUGUUGUCAGGAAACUUUCACCCAUUGGGAUUGUACCGCUGCAGCAGUACAAACAGGGAAACUCAAGAGGUUUGAACUCGAAGAGAACAGAUAUCUUAGAAGGUUGUGAAGCUGGAGGAGAUUACAGAGAAAGCAAAGGGUUAGAUUAUGAAAGAAUUUGAAAAGGACAAUGAUGACAAAUAUACAAUCAGAGCAAUUUUAAACAAGUAGAAGUGCAGGGUUCAGGGCUGAACAGGGCUUGGUCUGGAACAGGGCCAGCAGAAUUUUGAUUGAGUUCUAACUUAUAAAGGGUAGAAUGUGGGAAUGUUAGUCAGAACUGUAUUGUAAAAGUCGUGUUUAGAGGUAACUAAGGCAUCUGAAUGAUGGUUUAGCAGUAAAUGACCUGAAAUAGGCUGAACUUGAAAAUAUUAUUGAGUUGGAAAUAGGUGGUCCUAGUGAUUAAGAAGCAUGUGUUUGGAAGCUCAAGUCAGAGUUGAAUAUGAAACAAUGGUUGUAAACAGACAGCUGCCAAGGAGAAAGAUGGAGUCAGGAGCAAGUGAACAGAGAUUGUAAUGAGGGACAAAGAUAUUGGUUUAAGUUUCCUCAAUAUCUCGCAAUCUCCAGUUAGUUUCAAUAUGUAUUCCCAGUGUAUAGCACCCUUAUCUAGUAGCUAUUUUUAUUUUACCCCAUCUGUGCACUGUGACUCAGCAAUUUUAACUACUCAAGGGUAAUAUCUGAAUUCUCUGGUAUGUGUACUAAUGCUUCCAUCAAUUGGUGAGUGACGUAGACACCAGUUUGCUUAGAGGUUGUGACAGUUCUGGUGGGCUCAUUUCCUAGGCCUAGUACAAAAUGGCAGCUCCACAAGGCAGCUUCAAACAGAGUCUAAUAUUUCUCUGAUUAAGAUUAUAUCAAAGAUUGGAAAGGAUAGUGCAAGAGCAGAAUUGUAGCACCCCUGAGCUUGGCAGGAGACCUAUGAUUUCAGCACCUCUAUUUUUUCAAUGCGCAUAUAGACAGAAGUAUCCAGGGUAACCACUUAAAUGGAAAUGAAAAGUGUAAUCAUGUCUCCUCUGGUUUGAAUUUGUUAUUAUGCAAUAUCUUAUUGUACCUUCUGAACUGUGUAAUGUAUUUGGUUACCAUAAAUUUAGCUUUAAUUUCUGUGAUUCUGUGUAAACAAAAUAUCUUACGGAUUUCCAAGUUUCAUUAACAUAGGCUCACUUUAUAAAUCCAUUAUCCUUUUCAUGUAGUUUCUGGUAACACUAAAAGACGUUGAUGAACCCAGCAUCUCUGUACAUCUCUGUACUCAAUCUACUGCUGGCAUUGUGUAUGGCAUUGUGAUCAAUUCUACUGAUUUUGCCAAUUUCUGAUACAACUGAUAUUAAAAAUGUUCAGUAUCAUGA